UAUGAUCAGUAAGAUAGAGCAACUGUGUUUUAAUUAGGUUUUAUGUAUAAAUGUCCACUUUUCUUUCUUUGGAUUUCAUGACUUAGACUUUGGACGUUAUUACAAAAAGUAUAGCACAGUAUACUAAAUGAAUCCUUACUGAAAGACAAAGACAGCGAGUGCAAAGACCCAUAACAUGUGACACAGUUAGCACACACACCUCUUUGCAAAGUGCAUUGACACACAGCCAGCCAGGCAGGCAGGUGGACUGACUCUGGAACCUCAAGGAGAGCCAUUAUCCACAAACUGAGAAAGAUUUAACAUUGAUGAGCUUCCCAGGAGUGGCUGCUCUACCAAAAUUACUCAAGGGUGGCGUCUACAACUCAGGUCACAAAAGAACCCGGGACAUCUAAAGCACUGCCAGCCUUACCUCUGCAGUUAAGAUGGAUCUACCACCUCGCCCCACUCUGUUUGACUUCCAUGGCGUCUCCAUGGUCAAAUAUUUCACAGACAACUGGGACAAUGUUCAGAGCUUCAAGGCGAGACCAGAUGAUAUUCUAAUAGCGACUUACCCUAAAGCAGGAACGACGUGGGUUUCGUACAUUCUGGAUCUUCUCUACUUUGAUGACACAAUUUCAGACUGCCGUUCUUCUGUCCCUCUGCAGGAGAGAGUGCCUUUCCUGGAGAUCAGUGCACCUCAUCGGCCCAAAGGCAAAGAUUUGGCAGACCAGCUCCCUACUGCUCCUCGCCUCAUUAAAACCCACCUACCAGUUCAGUUUGUGCCAAAGUCGUUCUGGGAGCAACGCAGUAGGAUUGUGUAUGUGGCUCGGAAUGCAAAGGACACCGCCGUUUCCUAUUUCCAUUUUGGACGCAUGAACCAUGUCCACCCAGAAACAGGGGACUGGAGCUGCUUUCUACAGAACUUCAUAAAGGGAAACAUGGUGUUUGGAUCGUGGUAUCAGCAUGUGAACGCCUGGUGGGACAAGAAGCAGACUUAUUCUAAUAUCCACUACAUGUUCUAUGAGGACUUAAUAGAGGACUCUGGGCGAGAAAUCGACAGACUUUGUUCAUUUCUGGGCUUGUCUCCAACAACUGAAAAGAAGGAACAUGUCAGAGCUAAAGUGACAUUUGACAACAUGAAACAAAACAAAAUUACCAACUUCUCCACUCUCCCACUGAUGAACCAGAGCGUGUCUUCUUUCUACAGAAAAGGAGCAGUAGGAGACUGGAAGAACCAUUUCACCGUGGCACAGAAUGAGCAGUUCGAUGAAGACUAUAAGAGCAAAAUGAAGAACCCUGCUCUGUGCUUUCGUACUGAAAUUUAAAAACCUUGCCUUAAGCCGCACAAUGUCUACCACAGGAAGAAAAUCCAAGGUUCAAAUCUCUGCUGUGACAUUUCUGUGUGGAUUUUGCAGCUUUCCCUCAUGCACAGGUUCAGGUUUCCUUCCACAGUCUAUCAAAAAUAUGCAUGCUUUUUCACAUACUAUAAAUUGCUCCUAGGUGUGUUUGUAUCUGUGUGCGUGCACAUUGUUAUCUUACCUGUUUGUCUCUGUGUUGACUCUGUGAUUGACUGACCACUUCCCAAUGACUGCUGGGAUAGUUUUGAGCCUUCAUAUCAACCCUGAGCAGGAUUUUUAGUACAGAAAUGGAUAGCAGAGUUCACAAGAAGUUAAUAAAUUUUCAAGAAGAAAGACUGUUAAUAAGUGCAAAACAUUUGUCCGGUGAUGGGGCAGUCAUGCAAUUUUGCUGCUAUUUGACCCAGGCUCCCAUGCACUGACCAUAAACACGCCUGUGUAUUCUGUCCAACCCUCCCAAAAUAUUAAUUAACCCCUUUUUAUUUUAUCCUCAUGUCACGUGGACACUGUAAUAUUUUAGCCAGAAUGAUUCUUAGCUUUACAGAGUAACAGCCUGUAGAUCUUGACUUCUGUAGGCUGUUGCCUCUUCAGGGUUUUCUCUGUGUCAUGCAAACCAUUGUACACCUAUUUGUAAUUUUGAUUAUUCCUUUUGAUUGUGUCUCACUUUUUAAAUGGAUGCAGUGUUUAAUUAAGGAUGUGAACUUAUUCUUGCAACGAUCAAAUAAGAUCUCUUAAGAUCCAAUACGCUCCAAAUAACCAUUAGAGUCUGAUCAGUUCAUUUGAUUGUUCAUAUUUCAGACAUUUACGCUUCAAGUCUCAUAAGUUCAAAUGUUGUUUGUCUUUGGUUUGUCUUUUUAUUUGUUGUUUGUUUCAUUACUGCGAUAAGAAAUAAAAUAAAUACUUGU